ACGGGCAGUUACAAGAAGUGUCAACAAAGCCAGAUUUUGGUCGGCUCUCUGUUUAGGAAAGGAGAGGCAGCUUGGGAUGCUACAUCACGUGACCUCGAGACCCUACACCAACACCUGCGCCUGGGAAUGGCCCAGGCCAGGAGAGGACCAUGUGCACGAUUCAAGCGCAUUUAGGAGAACCACUGGCAUGCGAAGUUUCUACGUGGUGCAUCCUGAUUGGGUAUCGGAAGAGACCAAUCCACCGAAACCAAAAGGCCGUACCAACCUCCCGUGGCCUUGGGAGCUACCCGGGGCCCGGUCACUGUAUGAGCUCCCGGACGAUGUUCUGCGGGGCCGGAUCCUUACAGACAUGAAAAAGGAGGAUAGCCACCCUCGGCUGAGGGACGACCCACACCGACAAUGGAAGCACGACUCCCCUUGGUACGUCAACGAUCCCAGUAAAGUUCCCGACUCGAACGUAUUGGAAAAACGACCAUUUCAUCUGCCACAUGUCUGGCCCGAGAACAACCAAAGACGAAUUCUUCAGACGGAGCUAUCGCAGCGACCCCUAGAGGAGAGAUUAGAAAACGGAGACUUGUCGAAAUACCUCGACAGGAAUGAGUUGCCCCGGAAUUAUCACCAGCGUACCGUGGCACCUAAUCCGACACGUGACGAGGCAAGUGCCUUCAGACUCAAACACAACAACUACAUGACCUACUGCGACUGGAGGACCGACGAAAAGUAGUCAAGAUAAAACAUUUACGAUAUUUCUUUUGAUUCAAGCUUCUGUGAUAAAACUGCAUCCACGUUGAUCUAUGUGGGACAUUUUGCAAUUGACUGAUCAUUAUGCCUCACUAUGAGAUCUUUCGAUACGAAGGUGUCCAUACACGCAUUAGGCACAAAACGCCAUUGAAAUAUGCAGGACCACUUUUUUCCUUUGGUUUAUUAUUUACGAUGAUGCAGCAUAAACCCAAAGUCAGUUAAAUGAACAAGGGACUGGGCGGUUGUUGUGUGUUUUUGAGUCAUCUGUGAUAUACAUGUUCCGUGCACGUGUUUUUUGUGCAGUGUAGUGUUUCGUCUUGAUCUUAAAUGUAUUCAUGUCUUAAAAUAUACCACGACUCUCAAAGAGUUGAUGUUCAUGUUGCAUUAUCAUUAAAUUGAAAUUGCUUUU